AUGUCAGGAAAGAAUCAAACCGCCAUCUUUGAGUUCAUCCUCCUGGGCCUGCCUAUUGAUCCAGAGCAGCGAAUCCUGUUCUAUGGCCUGUUCCUGGCUAUGUACAUUACCACCGUCCUGGGCAACCUCGUCAUCAUAGUCCUCAUUCGACUGGACUCCCACCUCCACACACCCAUGUACUUGUUUCUCAGCAAAUUGUCCUUCUCUGACCUCUGCUUCUCCGUGGUCACAAUGCCCAAAUUGCUGCAGAACAUGCAGAGCCAAGUCUCAUCCAUCCCCUACACAGGCUGCCUGGCCCAGAUGUACUUCUCCCUGUUUUUUGGUGACCUGGAGAGCUUCCUCCUUGUGGCCAUGGCCUAUGACCGCUAUGUGGCCAUCUGCUUCCCCUUGCACUACACCACCAUCAUGAGCCCCCAGCUCUGUUUCUCCCUGGUGGCACUGUCCUGGGUGCUGACCACAUUCCAUGCCAUGCUGCACACCCUGCUUAUGGCCAGGUUGUGUUUUUGUGCAGACAACUUGAUCCCCCAUUUUUUCUGUGAUAUGUCUGCUCUACUGAAGCUGGCCUGCUCUGACACUCAAGUUAAUGAGUUGGUGAUAUUCAUCAUAGGAGGACUCGUUGUUGUCAUCCCAUUCUUACUCAUCAUCAUGUCCUAUGUACGAAUCACCUACUCCAUCCUCAAGAUCCCUUCUGCCAGGGGUAUCUGUAAGGCUUUUUCCACGUGUGGCUCCCACCUCUCUAUGGUGUCUCUUUUCUUUGGAACAAUUAUUGGUCUCUACUUAUGCCCAUCUGCUGACCAUUCUACUAUUAAGGAAACUGUCAUGGCUAUGAUGUACACUGUGGUGACCCCUAUGCUGAACCCCUUCAUUUACAGCCUGAGGAACAGGGAUAUGAAGGGAGCCCUGGGGCGAGUCUUUUGUAAAAGAAAAAUUCUCUCCUCUCUAUGGGAAAAUAUAAUUUAA